UCAAUAAUAAUUGUGCAUUGUGUGAUCAAUGCACAUUUUCUACAUCCCCAAUUAGUGCUACAGAUUAUUAUUAUUAUUAUUUGCAUAUAUUUAUAUAUUUCUGUUGCAUUUUUUGGGUUUGCUUUUAAGAGCAUAGAGUUUUUUUUUUUAAUUAUUGAACAAAAAAAUGGCCUUUAAUGAUAAUCCUUUUGCAGAAGAAGCUAAUGUAAAUCCGUUUGCGAAUGGGAGCUCCGCUCGUGCUUCAACAGUCGAUAUUCCUCUUGAUAGUGCAAAGGAUUUGAAGAAGAAAGAGAAGGACCUACAAGCUAGAGAGACUGAUCUGAAAAGAAGAGAAGAGGAUGUGAGAAGGAGAGAAGAAGCUUUAGCAGGAGCUGGUGUUGUUAUAGAGCAUCGUAAUUGGCCACCGUUCCUCCCAAUCAUUCAUCAUGAUAUCGCGAAUGAAAUUCCAAUCCAUCUACAAAAGAUUCAGUAUGUUGCCUUCACUACAUUGUUAGGUUUGGCGGGUUGUAUGGUAUGGAACAUUGUGUCAACCGCCUGUAUGUGGAUCAAAGGAGGAGACGUUGGCGCAUGGUUUUUCGGUCUUAUCUACUUCUUAGGUAUUCCAUCAGCCUACUUUUUGUGGUAUCGUCCUCUUUAUCGCGCGAUGAGGACUGAUAGCGCGCUGAAUUUUGGGUGGUUUUUCUUUUGUUAUGCGAUUCACAUUGUAUUCUGCGUCUUAGCCACAGCAGCACCUCCAUUCGUGUUCAGGCAGAAUUCCAUUACUGGUUUCAUAAUUGCAAUUAAUAUUAUCGGCUGGAAUUCGAUAGUUGGGAUAUUAUACUUCAUUGGUGCUGGACUCUUUGCUCUUGAAUCAGUGAUCAGCAUAUGGGUUAUUCAGCAAGUGUUCACGUAUUUCAGAGGGAGUGGAAAAGCCGCGGAGAUGAAGAAAGAGGCUGCAAGAUCAACGAUUAACACAGUCAUGUGAGAGAGCUAGAAAAUUUUCUGGAGUUUUGAACUUUUGUCAAGUGUGGUGUUCUCUCAUUGUUUCUUCUCACACCUUAGCCAUUUUAGAUAAGCUUGGUUUUUUUUUGGUUAAUGUGACUUCUCAAGUACAUACAUAGUGGUUGUAAUAUGGCUUUUGGCUAUACUAGUGUUGUGUUAAUUCUUAAAAUCUCAAAACUAUUUUUCACAUAACUAAGGUUAUUUGGUACAUUAAAGUUG